UGCGUUUUUUUGCGGAAGACCCAAAAUUAUUUCAUUUCUGUAUCUCUUCCAAAUCGAGACUAGGGUUUGCGACGAAAGAGAGAAAACGGCGACAGCUUCCUUUCCUUCAUCCUCGCCGUAGAAACACCAAAAUCUUCCGUCUAAACCACCCAAAUCGAGAGCUAUUGCAUGGUGAAAUCGAUCUUUGCUAAGGUUUUCCGAGGAACCGAUCUUUGCUAACUUCUCAUCUUAUGUCGACUGAUAUCUCCGGCGAUUUGAUGGUUUAGUCGAAAUCUUCUAGCCGACCCAUUGUCUAGUCGUCUCCUUUGUCUGGCAUAGAUCAUCUCCGGCGAUAUAGAGGCAAGAUCAAGCAGAGCAAAUUAAGUCAAGGACUAUCAACAAACCUGCAUUUGGUCGAAACUAAAAAGUACAAAAAGAUCAGAGAAGAAGAAAAGCAGUACAGAGAAGAAUGUGAGCAGAACAUGUACUCCAACAAUACUUCUCUGGGAGCUUAAAGGAUGCUGCAAAAAGCCUUGGUGUCUGUCCGACUACACUAAAACGGAUAUGUAGACAGCACGGAAUCAUGAGAUGGCCAUCUCGCAAGAUUAACAAAGUGAAUAGAUCGCUAAGGAAAAUAUAGACAGUGCUGGACUCUGUCCAAGGUGUAGAAGGAGGACUGACGUUUGACUCGGUAACAGGGGAAUUUGUAGCAGUUGGCCCUUUUAUACAAGAAUUUGAUACUCAAAAGAGUACUUCUUCUCAACAUGAAGAUGUAUUAUUUGUAAGAAGCCAAAGUGAUAUGGAUCAAGGUAAUUAUCUUGAGACAGAGCAGAUGUUUCGUGAAGCCGGUGAGCAGUUUGGACAAAGGUGACAGUGAUCUGAGGUGGCUGCUCAUCUGUUCUACGUUUCACCAAAACAUCUGAGCGGGGCAAUCAUUAACUUCUUAUCUAAAGUUUUGUAGAAGCUACUGUUUCAGCUCUGUAAGGGAGUCGCACACUGUCACAGAAACUUCAGCGUGAUCUGAAACCAGCGAAUCUUCUUCUUGUGGUAGAUAAGCAACUUCUUAAAAUCGCCGAUCUAGGUAUUGGACGCGCUUUCACUGUCCCUGUCAAGACAUACACGCACGAUGUCGUCACGCUCUGGUAUAGACCUCCUGAAAUUCUUCUUGGCACCACCCAGUAUACUACUGCUGUUGACAUCUGGGCUGUUGGCUGCAUCUUCGCUGAGAUUGUCACCGGGGAUGUUCUUUUCUGUGCCUACAGCGAGAUUUCGCAGUUGCAUUAAAAGUUCAGGAACACCAACCGAGCAGCAAUGGCUGGGUGUUACCUCUCUGAUUAACUGGAAAUCCUUUCCAGAUUGGCAUCCCAAAGACCUAGCAAGUGCUAUUCCAUCUCUUUCGCCUCAAGGAGUUGAUCUUCUCACGAAACUGCUGAAGUUGAAUCCAGCCGAAAGAAUUUCAGCAAAAGCAGUUGUUGAAGUCACAAAACCCGAGUUAGAUAGCUGUCAAUCGGUUAAACCGCUUAUAACGUUCGCUAAUGGAAACUCCAUUGUUCCCCUCACCACCCCUGAAAAAAGGUACUUCAUUUGCGGAAUGCCAGGACAUUGUAGCCAAGGUAUGAAACUCGAGGUAAACGUUGUUCCAACCGCAACCGCAGCACCAACCGCACCGCUUCCAAACACUGUCCCAUCUCUAAACGCGCCUUCACCUUCUUCUGUUCUACCUAUUCAACCUCUGUUACCUCUUAACCCUGUCCCUGUUCUCUCUCCAUCUUCUUCUACUCCACUUCCUUCCUCAUCUCUGCCUCUCAUUCCGGCACUAUCUCCAGCGGCUGCAGCGGGGACAUCUCUGCCCUUGUUACCAGGCUCACCAGGUAGCUCUAGCAGCAGCACAACCACCAAAACCGUCGGGACAUUUCCUUCCAGUACUAAUGGCCCAACGGCUGAUCUUGCCGGAGCAGGCACCUCUCCGGUUGACUCCUCCUCCGCUGCGAAAACGCUUGUUUUGGGAUUUGGAUUCAUGGUCGCUAUGAUGCUUCAUUUGUUCUAAGUGUUUCUUUAAAGUGGAGAGAGAGAUUUGUUUGCGGAGGGAAAUGUCGUUUGUGUUUACUUUCUUAUGUCCUUUCUUGUAUAUGAGACCGUGUUGUUGUUUUUUUUGGUGCUUUUUGUGUAUUUUAGUAUUGGCCUUAUAUGUAUAUUAUCAGUUUAUCCUCAAAUAUUACAUUGUUACAAUGUAUACCUAUAAAUUGUAUUUAUCGUUAUAAUAUAAAUUUUUA